AAAUAUUUCUUAACACAAAAUAUGUCUUCUAUCUUCCCUGUUUUCUGCACCGCGGAGUUGCCGAUCGCAACGAUAGAAAAGCUCCUAAGCGAUUCACUUGAGGGUGCUAAGAAAAUGGCCCCAAGUGAACCAUCUCUCGCGGUUGUCACUAAAGCCGACAACAUGUCCCAUACCACCGCCUCAACCCCACCCUUUCAGCCAUUUGAUUCUCCCUUUAUAGGUCAGUCGGUGAAGGAAAUAUCGCGCCAGUUCCCUCAAGCACAUCACUUCGCUGUCUUAGAUGAACGAUCUCUUGGUGAAAAGACCGUGGUUCUGGUUGAAUUGAGCUCACCCGAUAAUGUUCAAACCGUUCGAGUCACUUUUGGUUCGGCCCAGUCUGUACUUCUCGCUUUGAACCUCGCUACUCUAGGGUUUAAAGACAUCCAAAGCAUCGCUGCGUCUAAUGGAGGUGUAUAUGACUUAAUUUCUGGGAGUCCCAAGAAAGGCCAGUCGGCGCCCAGAAAGAGGCUUGGUGCUGAUUCGUAGAUCGGCUAGAGUUCUGCGAUAUAGCUCAAUCGGAUACCUAUACACAAUAACCAUUUUAAUU